GACCGAGUUGAUCUUAUUGACUUCAUUUCUGUCUCUGUGGAGAGACGCCAUGAAACUAUUCAGUGUCAUAGUCGGUAUCUAUUUGACACUGGCUGUUGGUCAAACACAGCCAGCAAUGGAGUCCUCAUACAUCGCUGCUGUGUAUGAGCACAAUUUAAUCACCAACCCAGACCCUCGUGUCCCGGUGUCCCGGCAGGCUGCCCUUCAACACAUGCAGAAAAACUUGGAUAUCUACGAAGUGCAGGCUGCACGAGCCGCUAAGCAGGUAUGAUUGAUUGGAAAGUUAUAAAUGUUUGGUAGCGACUCAUAAAAAGGGGUACUUUUUGCUCCACUAAAAAUUAAUUAGCACCAUGUGCCAUUUUCUUUUUAAUUACAUAAACAGUAAGUGUAUAAUUCAAUAAAAGUGUCAUACCCUUUUAUUCAGGCUGUUGACAUUUGAGGCUCAAGACUCACCUUUUUAACCAGGGUUUUCACUGAUUGCCUUUUUUAUAUUUCUCUUAUUGCAAAUGUUCAUUUUAAUUGUAAUUCUUAAUGUUUAUUUUAUGUCAUUUUAUUAAUUAUCUCUGCUCUUAGUCCUUUUCUUUCUUCUUGUCUUAGAGGUUUUUACUUCUUUUACCCCUUUUACAUGGUAAAGAGCUCUUACUUAUUUGUUCAUCUAAUAUUAUUAUCUUGUUUUAGUCUUUCUUUUUACCUUUUUUAUUUUUUCAAUCCUUUAUUUUUUAUCUUUAUCUCCAGUGUUUCCCAAAGGUAGCUCUUUCCUCACGUAAUGUCUCGAUGUCAAGCCAUGUCUCUCUGAACGAUAUAUCUUAAUUUCUCACACUGUGUGCGCUUGUGUGUGUGUAUGUGUGGAUGGGCGGGUGAGUAUAGGUGGGUGUGUGUCCAUGGUUGGUUGUGUGAGUGGGAGGUUUGGGUUUUAUUGUUAACUGUUGUUUUUUAGCCUCUGUGAGGCACUUUGAACUGCAUUUUUUUGUCUGAAAAUUGCCGUACAAAUAAAGUUGAAUUUGAAAUUUGAAUUUGAAUACCUUAUAUUACAGCAAAUGACUGUGCAUUCAGUAUCCUGGCAUGUUUAUUCAGUUGUGUCUUUUCUUGUCUUUAUCAGGGUGCCCAGAUCCUGGUGUUUCCCGAAGAUGGUCUACAUGGGUUUAACUUCACUCGCACAUCCAUCGUAGGUUAUCUUGAAACAAUUCCUGACCCCCAGCAGGAGAGCUGGAACCCCUGCACAGAGCCAGAGAAACACAACAAUACUGAGGUGCACAGAUAUACAUCGUGUUUGAUGUUUAUCUUGAUUUGAAGAUACCCACAAGCAGCCAACACUAGUCUGUUAUUAUGAAUUACAUUUCAGAAUGGUUGUUUUACAGGUUCUUCAGCAGUUGAGCUGUAUGGCUCGUCGGAAUAACAUCUACAUUGUAGCUAAUAUGCCUGACCGGCAGCCCUGCCCCCUGUCCACAGAUCCCACCUCCUCCUGUCCAUCUGAUGGACGCUGGCAGUUCAACACUAAUGUGGUUUUCAGGUGAAGUUGAGAUCCUAAAAUAGAGACAUCUGGCUAAACUCCAGCAAAUGCAUCAACACAUGAAUUCUUAAUUUCAUUAUCUUCUAGCUCUGAUGGCCUGCUGGUGGCACGCUACCAUAAAUACAACCUUUUCCAUGAGGAGUCCUUUGACACUCCACCACAGCCUGAGAUCAUCACAUUUGAUACUCCUUUUGCUGGAAAAUUUGGCCUGCUGAUAUGCUUUGACAUCCUCUUCCACAAGCCCACUAUAGCACUGUUGGAAAAGGUAAAACCACUCACAAUUGUGUAUUUAGCUCUACGUCCCUGUGUCUGAUCUAUUUUUAAAAAACAAACUCUAUCCUGCUCCUUUCAGGGUGUUCGUCAGCUGGCUUACCCUACAGCUUGGUUAAACACCCUCCCCCUGCUUGACUCUGUCCAGUACCAUCGAUCAUUAAGCCGAAGCACCGGUGUCACCGUGCUAGCAGCCAACCUCCGCCAUGAUAACUGGAACAUGGCUGGGAGUGGUAUCUACACACCUUUUUCAUCCAUCUACCAUCACUCAAAGAGGGGCGACCCAGAGGAGGGCAAGCUGCUGGUGGCCAGGGUGCCAGUGUUAGACCCAGAGUGGUUGGGGCAGAGGGUGGCCACAGAGGAGGAGAAAUUGAAAUCUGAGUCCACUUCAUCCCCUGGUACUGAUUCUGUGUUCUGUCACAGUGAGAGCUGCUCUGAUGCAUCUUCAGUCCCUUCAUCAUCAGCCACAUUCACAUCAGUCAUGAUUGCUGACCCGUUCACAUUUGUCCUCCUAAAUGAAAAAGAGGGUAGGGUGAAGGUGUGCAAUGGCUCCUUUUGCUGUCACCUACAGUACAAGCGAAUUUCACAGGGUGACAGUGAGGAGCUGUAUGCAUUUGGUGCAUUUGCUGGGCUGCACACUGUGGAUGGAGUCAUAUCCCUGCAGGUAUGAACUAAAGGGGUUUACAGAUAUACACACUGUCCAUCAAAACAUGUCUCACCUGUAUCCUUCCUUCUGCAGGUGUGUGCACUCAUCCGUUGUGCAGGGUCAGACCCGAGCUCCUGUGGACAGGUAGUAGAGGAAGCUGAGACCAAAAUGGACUUUGUGAUGGAGGGGAAGUUUGGAACCAGAUAUGUGUACCCAUCAGUUUUGGCGAGUCAAGCGGUUAUAGAGGAAGUAAAGCAUUUUGACAAAUCUGCAGAUGGAAGAGUGACUUUAAAACAUUCAGACAUGACUGCUGGACUGGUGACCGCCUGUCUGUACGGACGGAUGUAUCACCUGGACAACGAAUAAAAUGCUAAUAAAAGGGUGUGCUGAAAUAGUGUAUCUUAAAAAAAAAAAAAAGUACAAAGUCAUGAAAUGUUUUUAUCUCAUGGAAUAAAUCAGCUUUGCUGAUCACACACUACAAUGAACUGGAAAUGAAUUGUUUGAUUAUUUUUAAAGAACUCAAAAUAAAUCUUUACAAUCAUUUGGUUUUCCAUGGA